AUAGAUAUGACUCAUAUGUAAAUGGCGACCAUUGGCGGCAAGUUCGCGUGGCGCCAGCGUCGUAGCAGUUGUAACAGUUAUGAAUAGUUAUGAUUACGAAUAUAAUUAAUUUGAUAUCAUCUGUGGAAAUGUGAUUGAUAAGAAUAUAAAUCCUGCGAAAUAACAGGACAGUAGUGGCGUGUGCGAUAAUUUGUAUAGAAAACUGUUCUGCGUUUAGUCGAAUAAGCUCACAGAUGAUCGUUCGAUAACCUAAAAAAACCAACGGAUCUUUCCGUUUGUAAGCUGACAAUGAUUCGUUAACUGCGUUGAAAUAAGCGAGCGUUUAUUAUCGUUUUACAUAAGAAAUACUCGGCACCAUGACACCGAACCUACGGCGAGGGGUUUCUAGAAAUAGAGAGGAUAGCAUCGUUAGUAAAAACUGCCCGUUAAAAAAGUCGAUGAAUUUGAUUAGCCAGGGUAAUAACAUGGAAGUAGUAGAUAGAUUACUAUGCAAGCCGGUUUCUGUAAACAUCGUAAAGCUGCUGAAGGCAGAGAAGAAAACGCCGCUUAAACCACGAAAUAGAUCAAGAAUAACGAAAAGAAAAAGACCGAAACAUUCUACGAAAAAGUCGUCCACCAAGCAGACACCUAAUAAACUUGAUAGUUUACUAAAAGAAGAGAAUCAGCCUUAUAUAAAAUUGCAUAGGAUAGACGAAGUGUUUUAUAAAAUAGCUCAGUCCCUUGCGAGAGCCUCUGCCAAUGGAGAACGAAAAAGAAUUCAAGAAAAGCCAGUAGACGGUACGACAGAGGCAGAACAGAAGAAGAUUCACCAGGAAGAAUGUGAAACAUUAAUCAGUACAACAGAGACAGACCAGGACAGAAUUCAUCAGGAAGAAGCAUUGGACGUUUCGAUAGAAACAAACCAGAAGAGGAUUCAUCAAGAAUCAUUGGGUACUUUGGUAGAAACGCAGAGCAUCGACGAACCAACAGACAAAAGAUUUGAAGAUGAAAAUUUAAACACUGACGAGCUGAACGAGAAGCCAGAAGCAGAAAACGUUGAGAAUCAUUCAGAUUCUGAUGAAAACGACAUCGUUUGCAGUUUCAAGAAAAGGAACAAAGAUUCUGACGAUAAUGAUACGAGUUUAGGCAGAUCGAGACCAAAGAGGAUGAGAAUAAAUUCAGACACGUCAGAAGAAAUGAAUUCAGAAACAGAUAAAUCAACAGCAACGUGUGCAUUAAAUGAAUCAUUAAAUGCGAGCAAAGAUUUGAGUAUAUCAGAGAAUUUAAACGCGUCGAGCGAAACUUUUAUUAUAAACGGAGAGUCGCGCGUGAAUGAAGAAUCUCAGAGCAACAGAGAUACUUCCAUGUGUUUAGAAGAAGAUGAUUCUCGAGAUACCGUUUUGAUGGGAAUAAAAGACAACGAUGAAUUAAAUGUAGUGAGUAAUCUUGACGAGAUAUUUUUCCCUUCGGAUGAUAUUGAAAAUAAAUAUGAUAUUUUUAAAGAUCUGAAAGUCCUUCUAAUAAGAUUCGAUUGUUUAAAGGAUUUUGGUAAUAAGUAUUCAGCGAGGGAAGUCGAGGAGGUAAUUAAAGAGUAUACGAAUGUAAAUUCUUUAUCACGACCUCUCAUCACUGAAAUAGAUGUUGUUAAACAUGACAUACCUAUGGAUAUGACAACGACUGUUCCAGUGGCUUUUCCAAGAGUUUCCAGCUUCAGCAAUGACGAACAACUGAAUUCAGCUGCACGGGUUUGCAGAACUUCAGACGAGAAAUCUAUGAUUAAUAGUCAGUCACCCAAUUCUUCCUACAGAACUCCUCCAAAGUCGAUACGGAACGCUGUACAGGAAACGAGUCACACGGAGGUUCAGAAAGCUGUUCGCGAUCUCACAACAGAAUUCCAGAAAGAAGAAGAACCAAAGCAGAGAUCGAGCGAUCAUCAUUCAUCAUUCACUGCCGACGUUCCGUCGUUACCUUCCGGAGUCUCGUCACCUGAAAAGGUGAAAGAAACGACACUUAAAAGGGUGAAAGAAAAGACAGAGGCCAUCGCCACUCCGGAUCCUCGUAUCGAUGAACAAGAGGCGAGUUUGUCUAAAUCGCAAACAUGUAGACUGCAACCGGUUCCUGCUAAUCCGUCUACAAAUUCUGAUUCUAAUCUACCAAUAACUUCGAUUAAGAAGAAACCUACGGAUGAGAAAGACAGUAAACCUUACAGGUGUAUCGUCUGUGAUACGACUUACUCAGACUUUGCAACUUUACAGAAACAUUUAGCUGUGCAUAGUAAUAAAAAUAAUACUACAACCGCUGACCCACCGAACGUCGACUGUUUAGACAUACCUGAAGAGCGGCCACUGGUGAUAGAACUGCCGGAACGUGGAGAGAUUUCCGAAUCCAAAGACUCGUCAGAAUCAGCUUUGGUCAAUAGCAAGAAAUCAAAAAGCAAUACGAAACAACAGACGAAGAGUCUUCCAAAGAAAGAACGAAGUCGAAAGAAAACAGAUAGUGAAAAUAAAAGAAAAAGAGAAAAAGUUUCUGUUCAAACCAACGAAACUUGCGGCGUCUGCUCUCAAGUCUUCCUGAACAGAGUCGAUCUGGCCGCGCACAUUUUCCUGCAUACAGAAACUGAAUUGCAGGACGCCCUUAAACGCGCUGAAGGGAAAUUGAAGGACACUAAACGAAAAGAUAAGAAAGAUAAGAAGAAUAGAAGAUCGUCUUCGUCGUCGAAGCCUUCCACAUCGGAGACGAUUCCUCAGAAGGAAGAAGAAUUAAACAAAACUGCUGGUAAAUCUGACGAAAUUAAAUCAACAGAACACUGCAAGAGUGUACAGAAUAAAAUAUCGUCGCCGAAGACUGAUCACCAGGGAUUGGAAACCCGUAAAGAAGAUUUAGAAUCGUUAAACCAGGGAGACAUACACACAGCAGAAACACCUAAGAAAUCUGGACAAUCAGAAGCGAAUUCAGUCGAAAAAGAAGUACAACAAUCAAGCAAGAAAUCUGACGUAACUCCUAUUAAAAUUAGUAACACCGUUGAACAAACACCGUCGAAGGAACCUGAAACGAGUAGAAAGAAGUUGACAAUCUGUGAAUGUCACAACAAAUAUAAUCCAAAUAUAACUGAUUUAGAAAUCGAAAUAGUUCUCCUGUGCCAUAUCUGCAGAAGAUUGUUCAGAACCAUGAAGUGCUUUAACAAGCAUUUCAGGCAUCAUCAGUACACAGCCUGCAGCCCGACGAAGAGCAACCAAUCCCCGCGUUUAUUAUGUUCUACCUGCGGCAAAGUAUUCAGUUGCGUACAAAACGUGCAACAUCACUUAGAGAUGCACGCACGUUCCAGUAAAACGACGUGCACUACUAAUUUCCGUUGUAACAUUUGCAAGGUGAUGUUCUUCGGGAUCGGCUCGCUUUUCUACACCCACUGGUCAAGUCAUAUGAGGAAUCCUUACUGGGUGGCGGACGAGCAAUCGUUCCCGGAUGAAUCUAUAGUAAGACUGCCGUCGUUUAAGAAUCUACUCGUCGACGGAUACAUCACUGUAGCUGAGUACCUGUGCCCCAAAUGUAAAGACGUGUUUGCCACCGACCGAGAGUUGAACAAACACUUAGAAAACUGCAACAAAGUUAUUAAUACGAGUAUAGAGAUAUUAUGCGAUUUGUGCGACGUAUCUUAUAGCGAGAAGUCGGAAUUUUAUAAACACGUAAGGAACAAACAUCAUUUCUGCGGCGAGCCUCAAUUGACCGACAACGGGUCAACGAUUGUUUGCGAGAUUUGUAAAGAAACGUUAACGAACUUGAGCGAGUUCGAUAAUCACUGGUUAAAACAUCUCGCGACCCACACUACGUUCACCUGUGCUCAAUGCAAAGCCGAAUUCAAAGACAAUUUAAAUCUGUUCGCCGAACAUGCCAAGGUACACAAAAUUGAAAAUGUACUAUGUACGGUUCAUUACACGAACAUGAAUCAUAUUUGUGAGAUUUGCUGUAUAGGGUUUGACUCGUUGGAGAAGUUCGAGGAACACAUGACUGGUCAUAGUGACAUUCCGAUUGACGAGAACGAUCCACCUAUGUCUUGCAUCAAUAUUUCUAGUGGAGAGGACUCUCCAGAUCUAGAGGCAUGCAGCAGUUCUUGUAACGUUGUACAGAAGGACUCGACACAAGAGAAAUCAUUGAAAAAUAGAACAGAAAUCAACGAAGAUAAAGAGGACCAAAUAGAAGAGACUAAAUUAAUAAUUGAUUUAACGAAAGAAGACGAGGCAAUCGAAAAACAGCAAAAGGCCAGUGGUCCCAGUCUGCAGGAACCACCUCAGAACGUAGAAGAAAGCGAAUCUAAUUCUAUGGAAAGACAGGAGAGCCAACCGAAGCCUAGGCAAGGUUUCUUACGAGUUAAAACUUUGCAGGAACUCACCGGAACUGCGUACAUCUGCAAAACUUGUGGUUGCUCGUUCGAGAGCGUCAGUGAAUUAUCGAAUCACGAGAAGCAUCACGAAAGUGCGAAUGAUCAAGGAAACGUACAAUUGAAUAAUUUAAUUGGAAUCGUUGCGAAGGAUAUACUUCAGGACUCGAGUCAGAAUGAAUUCAAAUUGCAGCUGCUAGUGAAACAAUCUGGCGUUUGUAAAGAGAUACCGUUAAGGACGGAACAUCUGCAGCGACAUUCACCGGUUAUUCAAAACUCCCAACCGGGAGAUCAAACUGUGGCCGAUUCCGCGAUCAAUCUAUCUACUCAGAAUAAUAACACAGAGCAACAAGCCUCUUCGUCGAACUCACCGGUCGGUUUUCAUAAAAAUUUGCCUUACAACAAUAUCGUUCGGAAGAGCAAAGCUGUGCCGAGGACUGCCGUUUUGAAAACCGAUGGCACGAUGUACAAGUUUCGAAUGAUGCCGUCGUCUCUACCUCCGGACGAACGUAAACGAUUAAUGGCCAGUUUCGGUUUUAUAAUAGACCCGAACGAUAAUCAGACAAAGUUCAAAUGUAAAUUCUGCGAUUUCUGUUCUGUGAACGAGUCGGACUGCGUGAAACACGACAAUCCAGGUACCGAAGCGUCUUGCAAAGUGAGAUACCCUCAGAACCGGACUCAGACUCAACCGGAACGCGGAAACAUCCCUCCUAGUUAUAAUAAACCACCACAGCCGAGUCAAUCGCAGGGACAGAAUGCUUCGUAUGUUAACACCUAUGCAAGUGGCAGAGGUACGAGCGAGAUGAUGAAACAAAACUACCAACAAAUACCUAAUCAACCACCAGACGCGGUUUAUUACAAGACUGUGGGCAACACGAACGGCGGGAUGUCGAUAGUGAUUAAUCCACCCGCUGCGACCAGCAUGCAGAACAUGUCUACUUUUGGAAUUGUGCAUUCGGCACCGCAGCAACAACUGUUUCAGCAGCAAGUUCAUCCGAAUCCGAUGACGAUUAUCCGGACACCGUACGUGCAACAGUCACAGAACGUGGUGAUUUGUUCGAACAACGUGUGCCAAGUAAGGAGGGAUCAGAUACCUAACGGGGAGGCCGUGAUCACCUACGAAGUCAGACUCCGACCAACGAGAUUUGUCUGCACCCAUUGCUCCAAAUCCUUCGGUUCCGAGAGUCUGUUACAAGCGCACGUCAACUCUGACCAUAAUUUUAUAUGCACAGUCUGUAACGAACGUUUUUACCAUUACAACGAAUUGCUUGUUCAUCAAGUUAAACAUUUGAACACCAAGUAAGAUGUUAUCAGAGGCUCAUAGAACAGGCAAAAAUAUUUGCAUAGAUCAAACUAUCGAACAAGCCGCACGAUUCACCCCGUCUUAUAUUAAAUGUAAACGUUGUUCAAGAAUUUCUAUCCAAGUUAGAAUAUUAAAUUGUUACAUGAAAAGCAGCACUGUUUUUCAAAUAUUGUUGUAUCAGUAUUUUUAACGAACAAAGGUCCUUCGUUUAAUAACGGAGAACGGCUACAUUUCAUAUGCGACUAAUUGUAUAAUUAUUGAACAAUUUGCUAAUUAAUUAAAAUGCGAGUUAUUGAUUAUAAUUGCAUAAAUAUAUAUGAUAAUACGAGCUCGGAGUAUAGAAGACAAAGAGAACUGUUUAAAGUUGAAGUAUUAGUCUAAGAGUAAGAUACUAACAUAUUUUUGUAAUCUCAAUUUCAUUUAUUAAAGAAACAAAAGUUGAUUGUAGUAGGAAUGAGUGAACGUGAUGAAAAAUCUAAAUGAAGAAAAUAGGAUUAAGUCUGCCUUAAUUCCUUCGAUUUUUUUACUUUAGAUUUUCAUAAUAGACUGCAGUUAAAGAAAGGAAUACAGAAUUGUACGAUCAAUAAACUAUUAGUAUGUAUAUA